AUGUCGACAGUCGUGUCUGACUGCUUCACAAUCGGCAGUAUAGUGGCUACCAGAACGUGUUACAAUGAACAUAUCGAAGGAGAAGUGCUUGCAUUUGACCCACAAACUAAAAUGCUUAUUUUAAAAUGUCCAUCAUCGAGUGGUAAUCCUAAGCGCCACGAUGUUAAUGUCGUAAAUUUGUCGCUCGUUAGCGAUGUUCAGGUUAAAAAGGAAGUGACUACAGUGCCCGACCCACCACCGUCGCUGAAUCUUCAUAGGUUAAACACAAGAGUUCGAAACGCGAUAGAUAAUAAACGAAGGCUGGUAUCUGCUCUAUCAGCAUGUCUAGAUCCAGAAGGCCAGCGCCUCUUUAUGGCGAUUGCUAGAGUUAUAGAGGAUGUGUCAUGGUCAGGCCAGAGUAUCAGAGUCUACAAUCAAGUCACCAUCACACCACCAUAUAAAGUAGACAAUGUGAUAGGUGAAACAGAUUCCAAAUCAUACAAUUACAUAAGAAAAUUUGUGGAGCGUCACUGGCGCGAACAACAAGCGCGUACAGAAUCCACAGUCCCCACAGUCAACCAAUAA